GCUCGUUCUCCACCACCUCCAGCUAGACAUCUAGCGCUCUCUACUGGCCCCGCGCGAGCGAUCCCAUAUCGGCUAUCAACGAUGGCCAAGCGCAAGCCGCCAGCAGAUCCGUCACCGUCGACACCGAGAAAUGACAAAAGAGCAGCAACAGUCGACCAGCUCAGCUCGUCAGACGAUGAAGCAGCGCCGUCGACUCAACAGAUCAAGCGAAAGACGCGGUCCAAUCUGAGCGCUGCCGAGCUGAGAGGCUACGCGAUUGCACUGGCACGCUAUGUCAUCUUUGCAGAACAGUCGCGCAAAGGGAUCCGUCGAGAUGAAAUCGUCAAGAAGAUCAUGCCGGAAUCGUCUCGCAACUUUCGCUUUGUGCUCGAGGCAGCUCAGGAAUACUUGAAGAAGACAUUCGCCAUGGAGCUCGUCGAGUUGCGCCAGAGAGGCCGGGGGGCAGCUAUUUUGGAGGAAGAAGCAGCAAUGGAGGCUGCCCCGACUCGCAAGGCUGUCGCUUCCUCACAAGCGAAAGGCAAAUACAAAGCAGUGACAACGAGCAAGAGCUACGUUCUCCGAGAUUUGCUCCCAGCAGACAUCUUGCGCGAGUCAGCCGCGCCUGCCGACGAACCUCUCGCUGAACGCGUCGCCACGUCCACGCUUACCGGAUGGUUCAACGAUGAUGGUGCUCUCGUUCAGUGGAAGAGGAGCGAUCAGCGCGCUCUCGUGGGCCUUCUGCAUGUCAUCCUCAGCUUGAUCCUCGUCAACGGCCGUGUUCUCGCGAGCGGGCGUCUCUUUGGCUAUCUGGCUCGAAUGGGUCUCGCGGCGAGCACUGCUCUGCCUCUCACUCCUGCUCUCACGGGUGACACGACCGAGAGAGCUCCCCUGACGCUUACCCAGUACAUUGCACAACUGAGCGAAGAGGGCUAUCUCGAAGAAACGCUAAAGACGAAUGUCUCGGCUCCUGCGCCUACACGUGGUCGCAAGACUAAGCAGACCGACAAUGACCAGCAAUACGACUAUCGAUGGGGCCCUCGAGCAGAUGCCGAGAUUGGCGAGCCCGCCAUUGCCAGAUUUGUGGCAGAUGUUUACAAGCCUGCUCGCCCACCCCAUCCGGAAGGGAGCCGUAAAGACGUUUCAGAUAGCCUCGUUGGAAACGAGAGGACGUUAGCCGAUGUCGCCAAAGCUGCAGGCGGCAUGUCAGGUAAAUUGCACGAGGUCACCCGGGCGGCCCCAAUGUUGUGAAAGCCCUCGCGGGCCACCGUGCGUGACUCGCUGCUGAACCCAUCAUCGCUAUGUCUGGCCGCGCGACAAUGUGUUGUUUAGAGCUGCAUUGACUCAUCGGUGCCCGCGUCGGCAACAUGAGGGUCUGAAAAUUCGAAAACAU